AAAACAUCUAAAAAUUUAUACAUAUAUAAAUAUUUUAGUUAACAAACAGCAAAGCUGUUCCACAAGAUACACGCACGAAACGAUUUCAAGUUUACCAUUUUCCCAAUUCAAGUUGCUUUACUUGGCGGUAAGUUUUCAUUCGAUCAUUCGAUCCUUGAGGCGCACAAGCCACAAUGAUGGUGCGCCCCAAUCGUCGCAAGGGCAUUGAAGAAGUUUACGGCAGCAAGUUAGAGCCCAUGCAAACCGGUCGGCAACAACCUCUGCCUAAUCCCACCAUGAACAAGACUGCCACCAUGCGAGUUAACUCUUCGCGUCAGUCAGACUCACGUACCCAACGCAGCUACAUGACGGCCAAUGACUACUAUAUAACCACCAAUCUGCCAUUGGAUGCCACCAACAUGCGCACUGCGCCCAGCAAUCUAAUCACCCACGGCUCCAAAACUAAUCAUAUACCGGUGCAGAUGCAGCAUACAAAUGCGCAGCCUACACCUUACGGCAACAUGUCCGGCCGGCGUCAAAAGGCUAGCGCGCGCCAGCAGCAGCUGAUGCCGCAGCAACAGGCACAGCAGCAGCAGCAGCAACAAUUGCCAAAGGCACACUUUAAUUCCAUUGAUGCGAAGCAAUUGAGCAGCAAGAGCCAUGUCCAUGGGCAUGCACAUGGACAUAGCAGUCAUACACAUGUACACAGCAAGCCGAUACAGCGCGGCGUAUACGCAAUCAAUCCAGAAUUAGAAGUGGCUGCUAAUGACUUUUCCGAGAAAGAUCAGAUGAUGGCGUCUACUUCGCGCCAUUCAUAUCAGCCACAUCCACAUCCGCAUGCACAUCCUCCGCAGCAUCAGCUGCAUCAGCAACAGCAACUGAUGCUGCCCAACAGCAGCAACAGCAACAACAACAACAACAACAGCAGCAGCGGCAACAACAACAAUAAGCAUCAUCAUCAUCACACACAGAAGCAUCAGCGUCAGGCACACUCACACCCACACCCACAGCCACACACACGUGGCAUGCAACUACCCACAGUUACCGAAGAGGAUGACAACGACGAUCCGGAGGAGUUCUUUGAUUUAAUACGUCAAACUGUGCAGUCCGCCAUUGGCACUACUAUAACCGAUUUGAUGAAUCGCAAUUUUCGCGAGUUGGGUAGCAAAAUGGAACGCUUCUCCAAUGAUCUCAAAAUAACCAAUGAGCAAAUGGACAAGCUCCAAGCUGAAGUCUGCAAUAAGGUGAUGCAGUAUGGCGAGGAGAACUCACGCCACUUUCGCUAUUUGUGCAUGAAGUCUGAGUAUGAUAAAAUGUUUUAUCAGCAUCAGACCAUGAUCACAAACGCUGCGCCAUCAACGGACAUGGCUUCCACGCCCAUUGCCAACACAUCGCAGUGUUAUCUGAAUAUGGCGCCAAGCACCUCGCGAGCGCCAAAGCAGGCAGCAACUGCAGGCAAAAUCAAAAGCGUUAAGCAGCAAUUGGCUGGCAGAAAGGCAGACAGAAACGUAAAAAAUAUGUCCAGCGAUUGCAUUAAAGUGCAGAAUCCUUGUGUAUGCCGCAGCACUUCCAAGUCGCCGAAGCAACAGACGCUGGACGCUCAACAAUCGACUUCUGAGCAAAGCGUAAACGCCAAGUCCUCAGACAUAGGCGUGCAUGAAGUUCUCGGGCAAAUACAACGCUAUUGCACACAGAUGCAGCUAAAUGAGAUCAAAGAUGAGCAGCAACAGCCCAAAUAUGGCUCCCAAAUGCACAUGGGCGACAAGCUGAGCAACCGUAGCACAGCCACGCUGCCAGGCGAAUCAGCAACUGCUGUUGCCAAAGGUCAGUUGCAGGUGCAUGCAUCAAAGCAAACAGCAUCGGUUACUACUGCUGCGAUGCGCACGCCAGCGGAGACACCCAUUGAUAGUAUGGAUGAGAUGGAGAUUGACAACUUUGAGUACAGCUCCGAUGAGAUGUCCUCGUUCAGCGAUGAUAGCGACAUGAAGUUUCAUGGCAACACCACAGCGCGUCCGCCGCUGCAGUCCAACAGAGGCCAGCCCACCAUAAUCAUAGGCAACAAUGGUGCUGGAGAUGCCUAGUGAAUCAUUUUGACUAAUAGAAA